AUGGCCUGGGCCUCCACAGUCCUCUGCGUGGGCCGCCCUGGCUCCGUGGUGCACUACGUCACCACAGGGCGGCUUCUCUCAGGGUAGCUGGCCCUUUCUGGGCUGCUGCCUGGCUUGGUCCAAGGCCUGAGCUAUGUGUGGUCCCGAGCAGACGGGCAUCCAGGCCUUUGUUUGUGGGUCAUGCUUCACCUCCUGCAGCUCGGCGUGUGGAGGCGGCACUGGGACACCACGCCGACUGUCCUGGCACAGGGCUGGGAGGCCCCCCACCAGGGCUGGCUGCUGCUGGAGGCUGACCGGUCAGCCCUCCGGCUCUUGGAAGCCCUGUUCCAGACCGGGCCCCACCUGCUGCUUCAGACGUAUGUGUUCCUUGCGUCAGACUGCACAGAUAUCCUUCCAGGGCUUAGCGCCCUCUGCUCCUGGUUGGCGCGGUCCUGGGCCCUGGUGUGCUGUGUGGCCAUGGGCCCCUUGAAGCCUAGUCACCUCCGCAUGCCGUGGGCUGCCCUCUUCCACCAGCAUCCCUGGGGGAUGGCCAUGUUGGGGGCUCAUGUCCUCAGUCUGGGUCUGUUCCUCAGAGUGUAAGGUGUCUGGGUUUUGUCGUUGGAGACAUCCCCACUGAACCCAGACUGCUCCUCUCCCCCUGCCCGGGCGCACCUGGGCAUGAACCAUGACGACGGAGUCUGCCUGGUGCCCUGGAGGGGGCCUGUGUCCCUGCCAAGCAGAGGGGCCCUUCUGGGCAUCCGGGAACACACUGCAGAACACUGCGCCCAGUGGCUGGUGAUGACAUUCUGGCGGGCACAGCAGAGUGACAUCGUGGACAGCACCUGCCGCUGGCGGCGGUUUGACCUGCUCACGGGGGCCGUGUGCAUCGUCUGCUACCUCAGCUUCUGGGAUAACCCUUCCAGAACCAGGAUGGCCGCAUUCUGUACGAUCGUGCGCCUGGAGGACCCCAUCCUUCCGCCGCUGGCCUCUGACUUUCUGCAGGGGGCAUCGUGGACCAGCGGGCAGGGUGGAUUUCUGAUCGCAAGACCCAACCCCAAAUUACAUUACUCUACUUGGAACUCCAGAACCUGGGAUUCUGCAAACCAUGGAGAAUGCAGGUCCUCAAAGAACAUGACCUUGUGCUCUUUAUUCUCUCCUUUUUUGGGCAGUGUCUCCCUGGUGAUUUAGUGCAGCCUGCUACACCCUAAACCCACAGACAUCUGGCAGGGCUUCUGAAGGCCGUUCUGUGGCCCUGGCCAGCGUGACAAAGCCAAGGAAGAGUCCUCUCCCGGGGCCACAGCUGCAGCUGAGGAGGUGCCGGGGGACCCAAGCAUGUGCUCAGAGGAAGGUUAUGAGCUAACAAGUCUGGGGAAGCCCCCCAGCCUGCAAUGGGGCCCCCCAGAGGCCGGGCUGGAAAGCCAGAUUGCUGGCGAGGACUCUUUCCUCCAUCAGCACCACUGGUUGUUGGUGAAACUUGGCCUAAAAACAGGAAAUGUGUCUAAGAUUGAUGCAGCCUUUGCAGAAGACAAGCCUGGCUGCUUUUGUGCCCCUGCGAGGGGGCUGAGCCAGCACUGCAACCAGCAGAGCACGCCCCUGCCUUCCCAGCGAGGCUCCCCACCGGCGCCCCAUGAGCCCCUGACCUCAGAGAAAGGCUCUGAGUUUCAAGAUGUCUCCAAUGCAGAGGCUGACCUACGGGAAACCUCACGUUAUGUGUCUUUUGCCAGCAACAAUCCCUUCGAAGCCCCUGCCCGGAAGCCGGCAGCUACACGAGGGCAGCCUGAAGGGGGAAGCCGGGCUGCUGCUGGGGUACACGGCCGGGCAGAGGGCAGGCGGCCAAUGGUGGGGGAAGGACAGAGCCCCACACCAGGCUUCAGUGCCACCGCUGACGAGGCCUUGUCCUCACAGCAAGAAGGUGUGAGCCCCCCACAGGGGCUGUGGCUGCAGGGGAGGCCGAAGGCCGAGGUGAGCUCUUUCCUCUGA